AUGAAAUUUUUCCUCAAGAGUCUGUCCCUUAUAGAUAUUGGCUAUACUACCGUCAUCAUCUCCAAAAUUCUCACCUAUUUCUUGUUCAAGAAUCAAAGCAUUUCCUUUCGUGGCUGUGCAGCCCAGAUGAAUUUCUUCUUCUUUUUUGGGCCUUCAGAGUGUUGGAUCCUGACAACGAUGGCUUAUGACAGACAGGCCACAGUCUGUGAUCCGUUCCACUAUUCACUCAUUACAAACCGGAGGUUCUGUCUGCAGCUGGCCCUGGUUUCCUGGCUAGCCAGGUUUCCCGUGGCAACAGUGCAGACAUUGCCCUUCUGUGGACCUAAUGUAAUUAACCAUUUCUUCUGUGAUAUCCCUCCUCUCUUAGAGCUGGUGUGUACAGACAUCUUUGCAUUUGAGGUGUAUGAUGUAAUAGCAACUGUUAUCGUCCUGAUGCUCCCCUUUGGAGUGACCACUGCCUCUUACAUCCGCAUCCUCAUCAACAUCCUGAAGAUGUCCUCCACUGAGGGCCAUUGCAAAGCCUUCUCCACUUGCUCAUCCCACGUCAUUGUGGUCUUGCUGUUCUUUGGGGCUGCAAGUUUGACCAAUUUCAGAGACAAAUUUUCCUACUCUCCCAAGACCAAUAAGCAGCUUUCUCUCUUCUAUUCAGUCUUCACUCCCAUGCCAAAUCCCCUGAUCCAUAGUCUGAGGAAUCAGGAGGUGAAAGGUGCCCUGAAGAGAGUUCUAGGUAAAAAGAUAGUUUCCCAGGAUCUCAGAGGCUCUGAUUUGUGA